AUGCCGACAUGCUUCCAGCACUUCUGUGCCGAAUGGCGCCGCGCGCGCCGGGUGGUGCUCCUCCCAGCCCUCGACCUGGAAACCAAGCGUGAGCUCGCCACCGUCCUGGCCAGCGAUCUGAUCGUGGGCUGCGAUGGGCCGCUGGCCGAAAAGUGGCCCGACUGCCAGGGGCUGAGAGGACCAGAGUGGCGUGGCGAGACGGCCACUGGUUCCGGAUGGAGGGGUGAGCUGGCCAGGUAUAGCAUGGCCUUCUGGCAUGCCGAUUAUGAGGAAGCUGGAUCGGCACGGCUGUGGCUGGCACAGAACGGCACCAUGGUCUCCACCAUGGGCAACGACGAGGUGGAGACCAACGACGGGGAGGCGUCCAUCGAGGAUACAGCGAAGAUGGACAAACAACGUGUCAAGUCUGGCGGCUUCUCCAGUACCUUGCGGAGCUUCGCGAGGAUGCGGAAGCAGCAGGACGGCUAUUUCGGAAUCCAGAACAUCCAAUGGCUCAUUUUCCAGAUGAGCACCAAGGAGGAGUUUGUGCAGCUGAUGCGAAAGAGCUUAAUGGCAGAGCAGCUUUAUGCGGAAGGAGUGGGGCCGAGUCAGAAGAUUGACGACAUCCCCAUCGCCGGCCCUCAUGACGCUGAAGAUCUUUAUGAAGCUUUGCUCAUUCAUCAGCAGGUAUGCCGGAUGACUCUAGGUUCCGUGCUUCAGCUGGGACGAACGAUGGAUGAUUUGGUCAAGAGGACUUACUUCAUCAGCCCCAAGGUGAAGCACAUCGACUCCAACGAGAUCCUCAGAUCUAUCACUUCUUUCGCGGGGGGCCCAGGGCUCCGGGACAUCUCCGUGGAGGAUGCGACUUGGCACAAAGGUGAAGGAGACAGGUGCUGGCAGCCUUGGAUGAAGAUGGUGAUGGGAAAGUGGAUCUCCAGGACUAACAGACUCCAUCGGAAUCUCAGGGAGAGCCAGUUUCAAGGGGCGCAGGGCAGCCAACUAGAGCUGAAGCAUGGCCUUGGCCGUAGCGCCAUCAGUGGCAACUUGGCCAACCCUGCAGCCUUCUUCGAGCACUUGUGCACCGUGGAGAAGAUUUCGCCACCCCCAGAGGAUGUGGCGCGGCUCUUCCGGGCGCUGGGCGGCUCAAAGGGCAAAGAAAUUAGUAGCCACCUUCCUGCCAUCGCAUCAGGCACAGAGAGCUUAUCCCAAUUGCUACGUCAACCACCACUAGAUGUGCUUUGGGGCGUGGAGGUGCAUUUUGCCCCAGCCCUCUACGAUGCUUUGGCCUGUCGAAUGUUGACAGUGGAGAGAAGCCGGCAGAGGGAUGCCAUCCUGCCAGCAGAGGCCUUCGUGCAGGGUGACGUCCCUGAUCCGGCGGAAUUGGCCAGACGCUUUGGCUAUCUGUGGGAUACCUAUGGCACCAGUCUGGUGGGCCACUCGGCCAAGUCCAAGAACUCCAGAAACCAGUCCUAUGCGGAUCAGAUCGCCCAAUGGCGCUCGGUGCACAGUGGGGAGCUGCGCCGCGGUCAGAUGGUCAGCGUUCACAAGUCUUUGUUCCCCAGCAUUGGAGAUGUGAUUUUCACUGCCUCCUGCCGCCUGGUUGCCGGGCAGACCUGUGUGGUGAGAUAUCGGCUUCAAGGCGCUUGCAGUUAUUACGGCCCGGGCCACACGGUCCUGAAGGACGAGCGUGAGCCGGUGCCGUGGCCGGUGCCCCGGAAGGUGCUCGGGGACACGCCCUUCAUUGCGCUGGUGCCGCCGGGCUUGACCUACUGCGCCGCCGGAGGCGGUGGCUUCUACUUGGGACACCAGGCCUUCAACAACGUGGAUCCCAACCUACGCGCGGAUCUGCCCAGGUGUUCAGACGGUCAACCGCAGAUGCUGGGCCACGUGGAGAUGUCGAUGCCCUCGUACAUGCGAUCCACCCGGGGCACCGGGAAAGCAGCAAAGAGCUCAGUCUUUGAGUUGCGGUUGUUUUGCUCCUCGAAGCAACGCAUCAUCGGGUGCAUCGGAGAGCCGGUGAGGCUCACAGUUUGGAACCAGACUCCGCCGCCGCCCCUGGAGUCCUUACAGCUCCGCUGCGAGGGGCGGAAUGUGACCUUGCGAUGGAACGCAUUGGAUUUGAUCGAUGCGACGGAGGAGACCAUUGUACUGAAGCCGGAGGUCACGGAGCACGAGUUCCACGACUUGAUCCCCGACUUGGACUACGAGUUCCGUGUGCGCGCAGAGAACGUGGCCGGCAGCCGCGUGGUGAAGAGUCAGAGAUGA